AUGGUGGAGACACAGUGCGACGCGAGACCAGUGAAAGCCUACAUCAUGAGUGAUUUGCUGAAGAAGUUUGAUCAAGAUACGUUAAACGAUGUUGUUCAAAUUGCUGUUGCGGUGGCUGGCAUCUACUUGGGCAUAUUUUGUUUGGAGUACGUGGACACAGAGUACAGCUUGUGGCUGACAUGGUUCCUGAUGCCGGUGAUCGUGACAUUCCUGCUGCCCGCGGUCAUUAUAGUGCUCAUAUACAUCAGUUCCAUCAUCUUCCAUUUAUAUAGGCUUUAUAGGAUGAAAGUGGUGGAUGGAGUACAACCAGACUGGAAGCAAGCUGCUCGGCUCGCCGUAUGCGCGCUCUGGGACGCACACGGCUGGCUAUGGCAUGGGUACGAGAUCCGCGGUCUGGAGAACAUCCCGGAGGGUCCAUUCCUGGUGAUCUACUACCACGGCGCGCUGCCCAUCGACAUGUACUACUUUAUUGCGCGGAUGCUACUGUUCAAACGGCGACAUAUACACACAGUCGCUGAUAGGUUCCUGUUUAAGAUACCAGGUUGGGCCUCACUCCUGGAGGGUCUGUGCGUGAUCCCAGGUACGGUAGGCACGUGUGCGGGUGUGUUGCGUAGUGGCAACGCCCUGGCUAUCUCGCCGGGCGGUGUGUACGAGGCUCAGUUCGGGGACCACUGCUAUCGGCUCUAUUGGCGAAACAGGAUCGGAUUCGCCAAAGUAGCGCAGGAGGCGAAAGUGCCUAUCAUCCCGAUGUUCACGCAGAACGUUCGUGAAGCUUUCCGCACGGUGGGGUGGCUGCGCGGCGUAUGGCUGCGCAUCUACGCCGCUAUCAGGGUACCGCUGGCGCCGGUCUAUGGGGGCUUCCCCGUCAAAUUGAUCACGCACUUAGGGAAGCCAAUCGAGUACGACCCCAAUCUCACACCUGAACAACUUCAAAAGAAGGUGGCGACAGCAAUAGAAGAAUUAGUCGAAGAACACCAAAGAGUACCAGGCAGCAUUCUGAGAGCUUUAACAGAAAGGCUGUAUGAGGUACCGAAGAAGAGUAAAAACGCCCCAGCAUUAGCGCCAGUGGCCAACGGAAAGUGUCAAAACGGUAGUUUGGGCCAAUCUGACAGUUACAAAUGUGACAGUGACAGAGCUAAAGUGUCAUAA